CGCCGGCGAUUAUGUUCAAACGGCAUACAUCGCCGCAGUGGCUGCCCGAGUGCGGCACCGACAUAAACGUUGUACACGCCGCCCGAACGGACAUCAAUCGUAUUAUUGCCAUUAAUAAUUAUUAUUGACGUUUUGCAUAUUAUUGUUAUUAUUACGUAAAACUAUAAUAUUACGACAACAGUCAACAAUACAACGACGGAAUUACGGAAACGAUAAUAUAUUUUAUACGUCUCAUGCACAGUAUUAUAACUUAUAAGCGAUUUUGUUUGAAGGGCGCCCCGCCAAAAGUUAUACCGUUUCUACUUUUCACGUGUCGUUCGUACGACGGUGCAUUAUUAUAGUACCUAUAGGGUGAUAAUAUAAUACCAAUUGGCUUUGUGAACCCGCGAGUCGCGACGACGGUAUACCUGUUUCAUAUUUAAAAAAAAUUCAAUCCGGGACGCGAUCGUCGAAACUAACUAUACAAUACCUACACCACUUUCCGUCUUAAGCUGAUAAAUAACACAAAACAUUACAAUAGUUUAUUAAUUAUUAUUAUUGUUAUCUUUCCACCACACACGACGAGUAAUUUUGUUGUCUACCGAUCGUUUCGAUAGUUUACGUCGUUUACGACCGUUGUGCCAGUGCGUAUGCUUUUGACAUGAUCGGCGUAUUAUAGGUACAAACAUUAUAUGCAUCUAAGUACCUGACUAACACUCCGGUGACCUACAGCAGCUACACGGAUUCCGGAUAUUAUAAUAAUUGUUAAUAUUGUUAUUCAUUUACACUGACGGAAAUCGGUUGGUCCCGUUGAUCGUUAAAGGAUGCGUUUACCCGACCACGGAUUCGCACUGAUCGCUGCAGAUGCACACGUUUUUGCCGACAAGGUGUCGACAAACAAGAUGAUGUCAACAAUGGUUGUUCGCAAACUGUUUUUAGGCAAUCGGGAAAAACAACUCCAGUCCAUUAAAAGUGAGAAGGUUGCCGAAGACAAUGGCAACAUAAAAAUGGAUUCUGGAUUCUUGUCUGGUGCCAAUUUGUCUUCUGAAAUUAUAUCAUCCCAAUGCUAUAUUGAAGACGAUAUCAAGCACGAGGAGCUCCUCAACGAAAAACAGCAGAAGGAAACAUCAAACACAACCUUGGACAGCGGCUUGGUAACGGACGACUUAAAUGAAGUCUUGAGAGAAAUGAAUAUUGACCAGAAAAAACCCUUUCCCAAAAAUGUAUGGCCAUUUUAUUUUCAACAGAAUGACGAUGGUGACACGCUACUUCAUCUUGCUAUUAUCCAUGGAUAUAUCCAAGUAUCAAAACGGUUAAUUGAUAUUUGUCCAGAUUCCAAAAUUUUAGAUAUACGAAAUGAUGAUGGCCAAAGUGCUCUUCAUUUGGCUGUUAUGACAAAUCAAUGUGAAAUUGUGAAACACCUAAUGAAAGCUCAUGCCAAUGCAGAAAUAUUAGAUUAUAAAGGCAAUACAGCUGUUCAUUUGGCAUGUUAUGAUGGAAAACUAGAUUGCCUGAAAAUAUUAGCUAAUUACGUAUUACUGCCAAAAAUAUUUGAUAUUAUUAAUUAUGAUGGUUUGGCAUGUAUUCAUAUUGCAACAAUUGCUAACCAUCUAAAUCUACUUAGAUUUAUUGUUAAUAGUUCAAAAAAUGUGAAUAUCACGGAUCAUAAAAGUGGAUACACAGCAUUACACUUUGCUGUAGCUCUAAAUAGAGCUAAUCUAAUUGAAUGUUUAAUAGACAAAGUUGAUCCAAACAUUGAGAGUUAUGCUGGAAAAUUAGCAUUUGAAGUUGAAGAUGAUUAUGACGAAGAUGAAGAAGAUGAUUAUGAUGAAGAUGAUGAAACUUCUGACGAUCUUAUGAAAUCAGUGAAUGCACUUCAGUUACCUAAUAACAGUUCAAUCAAGUGUUGAAGAAUUUACAUACCAUUGUUGUUUUAUUUUUUCCUAUAUUAGCAUUCAUCCUAAAACCACCUGAUUAUAAUUUCAUUAUUAUUUUUAAAGUAAGAUUUAUUUAAAUUGAUACAUCAAUAGUUAAAUGUUUAUUUUGUAAUUAUUAAAUUAUUAUUGAUUUCCCCCUCUUUUUUGUGUAAUAAUAUUAUUGGAUUGUAUUUGAUAUGCAUGUUAACUUUUUUUAUUGUUGGAAAUGUCCAAUGAAUGUUAUGUGAAUGGAAUAUUUUUGUAAGUGACUUUGGUGAUUUUUUAAUAAAUGUUUUUUAUGUUAAAUA